AUGUCCAACGAGCUGCUGCAAGGCGCGGCGCUCUACAAAGAGCUGCUGUGCGUGUACCACAACCUGGCGGAGAGCGAGCUGGGCCUGAGCGGCGGAGACGUGGGGGCGCUCUUCCAAAUAAAGGAAAACCUAAGUCAGCCGAUAAGUUGCGACAUCCAAAAGUGCAAGGAAAUACUAACGAAGCUGAAGCUCGUGCUGAUACACCUCCCCUCAGUGGAUCCCCUAGUACCCAUAGGAAAAAAAAACAUAAAUGAGUUGCUUCUGGCCAGACAUAUAUUAGAAAAGGGAGUGAUCAUCUCCAUACUCGAUAGGGACAUUAAAGCUUUUUCUAUUUACAUGGCUCAGCUGCUCUUAUAUUAUUUUGAUUAUUGCAACUUCCUCCCGAAGAGUGGAAACCAGAAUGGGAUCAUUGGUAUGUAUCUACUGUACCUCCUCUCCUCUAACCUAAUAGGUGAUUUCCACAUGACGUUAGAGGUCAUUUCAAUUGAGGACCAAAGUGAUGAGUAUAUAAAAUACGCUCUGGAGCUUGAGCAGCACAUAAUGGAUGGCUACUUCCACCACGUCUUAACAAAGAAAGAAAAUAUUCCUUUGUAUCUGUAUAGCCUUUUCAUUGAGAGAUUAUAUAAUACCAUUAGACAUAAGCUAGCGGACUGCCUCUUCGCUUCGUCCAAUUGUAUUUCUUCUGAAUAUGCUUGCGAACUGUUGAAGCUAGGCAGUGAGCAGGAGCUGUGCCAGUUCAUUGGGGAGUACAAUGAGGCGAAGACCAGUCAGGGGGAGUGCAACCUCCUGUGGGAAGUGCGCAACAAGAAGAUUUAUUUUAACAACCAGACCGUCCACGUGCAGGACCUCCCCGCGCUCGAGGUGCUGAAUAACACCAUCGGCUACGCCACGGAGCUGGAGCGGAUCGUGUAG